CUGUGAUUGACUAGUAGAGUCUGAAACAGCAGCACAGGGAAACAACACAAGUUUUCGCUAGCAGUCGCAUUUUAGAGGGUUUAACUCUACAUUCUGCGGUCGGUCAUGGGGUUGACCAAGCAGUACCUGCGCUAUGCUGCCAGCGCGGUCUUUGGAGUCAUCGGCAGCCAGAAGGCGAACAUUGCAUAUGUGACCCUCCGAGGAGGAGAAAAAGGACGCUAUGUUGCUGUGGCUGCAUGUGAACAUGCGUUCAUCUGGGACGUCCGAAAAGGAGAGAAGGUCCUGAUUCUACAAGGCCAAAAACAUGAGGUGACUUACCUCUGCCCGUCACCUGAUGGCAUCCACAUUGCCGUGGGCUACGAAGAUGGUGCUGUGAAAAUCUUCAGCUUGAUGAAUGGAGAGAGUAAUGUCUCCUUCAAUGGCCACAAGUCUGCUGUCAGUGUCAUACACUACGACAGACUUGGAGCUCGACUUGUCACUGGAUCCAAGGACACAGAUGUGAUCAUGUGGGACAUCAUCAAUGAGUGUGGGAUGUACCGUCUGAGAGGCCAUAAAGACAUCAUCACACAGGCUCUGUUCCUCAAAGACAAGAACCUUCUAGUCACCAGCUCUAAAGACAGUUUUGUGAAGUGGUGGGACCUGGACACGCAGCACUGUUUCAAGACCAUGGUGGGCCAUCGCAGUGAGGUUUGGGGCAUGGCACUGUUAAACCAGGAGAACAGACUGUUAACAGGUUCUGCAGACAGUGAGCUACGAGCCUGGGACAUCAACUACCUGGAGGAGGAGAAAGCUGAGGGUGAGCCAAAGGUGAAGAAGGGGAAAACUCUUCUUGAUGACGAUGAGGAUGCAGAUGAUGAAGAAGGAGCGGAUGAAAGUCUUGAAGAGCGGAUCUUGAGUUGUAAGAAAGCUGGUUCCAUCCUGAGAGAGGCCAGAGACCGAGUCGUCUCCCUGAUCACGGAUGCAAAGGCCAGAGUCAUUGCCUGCCAUGGCAAUGAUUCAGUCCUGGAGCUCUUCACUGUGCUGUCGGAGGAAGAAGUGCAGAAGAAAAUGAUGAAGAAAAUGAAAAAAGCCAAAAAGAAAGCAGCAAAAGCUCAGGAGGAUACAGGCGAGGAGGCUGCAGAGCCGGUGGUGGAGAGAAUUCUGAAAGAUGAGAUCAUCAGACUGACCAACAUUAAGGCCUCCUCAAAGAUCAGGUGGGUGGACUGCCUGUCAUGUGCAGGUGGCGAGCUGAAGGUGGCGCUGCUGCUCCAGAACAACACCAUAGAGACAUACAGCCUGAAGACUUCAGAUAAAACUCCAACAGCCAAUAAGACGGCUCGCCUCACCCUUGGAGGCCACCGCACAGACGUCCGCACACUGGCCUUCAGCUCAGACAACCUGGCCGUCCUCUCCGCCUCUGGAGACACGGUCAAAGUCUGGAACAGGUCAACUCUGCAGGUGAUCCGUACAAUGGCCUGUGAGUACGCCCUCUGCUCGCUCUUUGUGCCCGGAGACAGACAGAUCAUUCUGGGGACAAAGAGUGGGAAGCUGCAGAUCUUUGAGUUGGCCUCAGGAAGCCUCCUGGAGACUGUGGAUGCUCACAAUGGAGCUCUGUGGUCUUUGUGUCUGGCCCCAGAUCAGAGGGGAAUUGUCACAGGCAGUGCUGAUAAAAUGGUGAAGUUUUGGGAGUUCGAGCUCAUAAAGGACCAAGGGAGCAGUCAAAAGAGGCUGACAGUGAAGCACACACGCACUCUACAGUUGGAGGAAGACGUUUUGUGUGUGAAGUUUUCUCCUGACCACAGACUGCUGGCUGUUUCUUUGUUAGACUGCACAGUCAAGAUAUUCUACACAGACACACUGAAGUUUUUUCUCUCGCUGUAUGGACACAAGCUGCCUGUGCUCUGCCUGGACAUCUCACAUGAUAGCACUCUGAUUGCUACAGGCUCUGCUGACAGAAACGUGAAGAUCUGGGGUUUGGAUUUUGGCGACUGUCACCGUUCCAUGUUCGCUCAUGACGACAGUGUCAUGUUCCUCCAGUUUGUCCCAAAGACGCAUCUCUUCUUCACAGCAGGAAAAGACAAGAAGAUUAAACAAUGGGAUGCCGACAAGUUUGAGCACAUCCAGACACUAGAGGGUCAUCAUCGGGAGGUUUGGUGUCUGACCAUCAGCCCAAAUGGAGAUCAUAUUGUGUCGUCAUCGCACGAUAAAUCUCUACGACUGUGGGAGAGAACAAGGGAGCCGAUCAUCCUGGAGGAGGAGCGGGAGAUGGAGCGUGAAGCAGAGUUUGAGGAGAGUAUGGCCAAAGGAGAUGUUCCUGUGGUACCUGGAGAGACUGAAGGAGAGGCAGCACCAGCCGGCAAAAAGACGGUUGAGACGGUCAAAGCUGCCGAGCGAAUCAUGGAGGCACUGGAACUUUUCAGAGAGGAAGCCAGGAAGAUGGAGGAGCAUAAAUAUGCUUGUGAGAGAGCUGGGAAAGAGCUACCACCGCCCAAACCAAAUCCAAUCCUUGUUGCCUUUGGAAAUGUCACACCAUCGCGCUACGUGUUAGACGUCCUAAAGAAAGUCAGAUCGAGUGAGCUGGAGGUUUCUUUGCUGGUCUUGCCGUUCCCCUACGUCCCUGACCUGCUGAACCUGUUCAACAGCUACAUCCAGCAGGGCCUGGAGGUGGAGCUGGUUUGUCGCUGCCUCUUCUUCCUGCUCAAGAUCCACUUUGGUCAGAUCUCAAGUAACCAGAUGCUGCUGUCUGUCAUAGAUGAGCUGCGCACCAACACGCUCUCGAAAGUUCAGGAGAUCAGAGAUGUGAUGGGCUUUAACAGCGCAGCGCUGCAGUUCCUCCAGCGGGAGAUCGAGAAUAAAGAAGAUGUGACAUUCUUCACUGAGGCGACGGGUCAGCUACACCAGAAGAAGAAAAAGAGGAGGAAGAGGGAGCGAGCCAUCCUUACCAUUGCUUGAAUCAUUACAGACAUUUGUGACUUAUUACUGAUAAACAUCCACCCUCCAUCUCCUCCUGAUGUUUUCCUGAGGUACAAGAGGGUUUACGUUGUUGAUUUUUGUACUUUAUAAAAUCCUGAUCUGAUGUAACACAGUGUUAUUCAUUGACAUGCUUCAUUUCCAGAAUAAACCAGGUCUGACUUUUCUCACAGUA